AUGAAUGAAUGGAAAUCAAUCAAUGUGGAUGAGUUUCGAAAUGCUGUUUUGGCGAUGAUAAAAUCAGAAAUAAUAUAUGAUAAGAAUGAAGAUAAAGCUGAUUCCCAAGAGAAUAUCGAAGAAAAUAAAGAGCAGCAAACAACAUCAGAAAGUAGCAAAGAAAUAUCACAAAAUCUAUCUUUUAAUGAUAUAUUUAUUACCUGUAAAAGACUACCAUUUGAAGUAAUCGCAACAAUUCAAAGAAUAUUAUUUGAUUUUCAAAUUGAACGAUUAGAUGGCAAAAACUGUUUAGGGAACAUGAUCGACUUCAUUAGGAUAUUCGACCAAGCUAAAAACACGGACGAAAAUCUGAAAUUUAUUUUAAAUUGCAUUACUAGUGCUAUUAUCAAAGCAGAAAACAUUAUCAAUAACGAAUACGAUAUAUCACCAUCAUAUAUAACAAAGUAUGAUAUUGAAAAAUUAAGUUUACAAGAAAUUCCACUUUCAGAUUUAGAAUCUCAAUAUAGAAGUCUCAAAUUAUCAUCUGAUUUACAAAUGUUAGUUGAUUUUGAACUAGAGUUAAUUAAAUUAUUAGAGGAUCCACUUAAUUUUAAGUUUAAUCCAACGAUUACGAUACCAAGAGGAGAUAUUCCUAUUUCAUGUUUCGAUUUGAUAAUAAAUCAGUUAGUAGAUUCAAUACGAUUAGAUCACAAGAAACAAUUACAAAAGGUUAUUGAUUUUAUUACAGAUAUUCAUCGCGUUAUGCAAAUAUCGAUAUCAGACAGUGUUUAUUCUCUUAUGAAUAAUAUAUUUAAGUGGAAUGAAUCUUCAGAACAUCUUUUUAUUACAAGAAUUUUAGCUGCUCAAAUUAUUUUAGGAAAAAGCGAUGAUUUGCUACUAUUUGGAAGACUUUCAUCAAAAACAUUCUUAGAAAAUGACCUGAAACCAUAUGGUUUAGCAAAAUGCUUCUGCCAAUCUGAUGAAUUUGAAGAUGUUUCAUUUAUUUUCUUAUCAAUGUUCAUUCCGCUUGCCAAAUCACUACUAAUGCCAUUUGAGGACAUGCAUUCGAUGAUUUAUAAUAACUACCUAUCAACAUUAAGUAAUUUUCAAGCAAUUUUUUAUGAUAUCUAUGAAAGUACGGUUUCUCCUCAAGAUAGACCGAAAUGCGGGCUCAUUGAAUAUCAAAAAAUUAUAGAGCAGUCCUUUGUUUUGUGGUCUAUUGCGAUUUCUUCUGAAUUAUUGUAUUUCAACUACAAAUCCGGGUUAUAUAGCCAUAUCUACACCAAAGAAGAGCUGUAUAUUGUAUAUUACAUGAUGAGUUUUACACUUGCAAAUGCUUUUUCCGCUCAAGAUCAAUUAAGAAUUUGCGAAGCGUUCGAAACUUAUAGCCACAAACAGAAAAAUGCAAAGAAAGGAAAACAGAAGCAAAAGAAGGUAACAGGAAAUGAUAUUGAGCAGUAUAAAAAGGAAAGAAGCCUUGAUAUUAAAAUUUGUAACGUAAUGGCAAGUUAUUAUGCAGGAUUGGUUCAUUUCUUUAAGUACAUGCUGAAUGAAAAUCUUUUUGAUGAUAUUUCUAAUGAAACAAUGGAUGAAUUAAGUUUAUACGAAAAAAUUGCUUCUCCUGUUCAAAACAUUCAGCAUUUAACAGCUCCAAGCUUUGAUGAAUUCUGUGUCACACUCAGUAUGACCCAGGAUGACCAUAAAUACCGAGCUUCAGCGAUUUUAACAGAAACUAAGACAUCCAUCGCAGAAUUAGUUAAAGAAGGCUUUAAUUCGUCUGAGGCUGAUCUCAUUACAAAGUCUAUUGUCUCUGCGAAUAUUAUUCUCAAAGGAACUCACUCAGAGAAUAAAAUAAAAAUUGAUUUGCAAAAAUCUCCGAUUUAUCCAACAUUUGGCUUUGUCGAGUAA